AACUUCAGUGGCCUCCUCCAUGUCAAGCAUCCAAACUCGAAGAACCGUAGAAGGGAAGGGAAAGGUCGACUGCCAGUUUGUGUACUUUUAGAGGAAAGAUGGCAGCAAACGAAGCCCAAGAUGAUUCUUUGUACCCAAUAGCAGUUCUUAUCGAUGAACUGAGAAAUGAAGAUGUCCAGUUGAGGCUGAACUCUAUACGUAAAUUGUCAACAAUUGCAUUAGCUCUUGGAACAGAAAGAACCCGCAGUGAACUGAUUCCAUUCCUCACAGAUACAAUCUAUGAUGAAGAUGAAGUGUUACUUGCUCUAGCAGAACAGCUCGGUACAUUCACUCGUUUGAUCGGAGGCCAAGAAUUUGUGAACUGUCUGUUGCCCCCGCUCGAAAGUCUUGCGACUGUCGAAGAGACAAUUGUUCGUGAUAAAGCUGUAGAGUCACUCAGAAUCGUCGCUGCGGAGCAUUCUACCCAAGAUCUCGAACACCACUUCGUACCUCUCGUCAAACGAUUAGCUGGAGGCGACUGGUUCACUUCUCGUACAUCGGCAUGCGGACUUUUCGCUGUUGCAUAUUCUCGUGUGGGAACCAAUACAAAAGCCGAUCUUAGAACGGCUUUUAAAUCUCUGUGCUGUGAUGACACACCAAUGGUCCGAAGGGCGGCUGCAGGAAAACUCGGCGAAUUCGCAAAAGCCGUUGAAAUUGAAUUUGUUAAAUCUGAUCUUAUCCCGAUGUUCAACAGCUUGGCAAACGACGAACAGGAUUCCGUGCGGCUAUUGGCCGUCGAAGCUUGCGUCAGUAUUGCCGGCAUUCUUCCACAACCAGAUAAACAACAAUACAUGGUGGAACCCUUAAGAAACGCUGCGCAGGAUAAGUCUUGGAGAGUUCGAUACAUGGUCGCUGACAAAAUUGUCGAACUCCAAAAGGCAGUCGGACCAGACACAAGUAAGACAGAACUCGUCCCAAGUUAUGCUGCACUUCUUAAAGACUGCGAAGCGGAAGUAAAAACAGCUGCGGCCCACAAGGUCAAAGAAUUCUGCAUAAACUUGCAGCCGGAAUCACGAGAACAAAUAAUCAUGGCCAGUAUUUUACCAUGUGUAAAGGAUUUGGCCAGCGACCCAAAUAUGCAUGUAAAAUCUGCAUUGGCUGGUGUAAUCAUGGGGUUGGCUCCGAUCCUUGGAAAGGACAACACAAUCGAACAUCUCCUUCCAUUGUUUUUGAUCAUGUUGAAAGACGAGUGCUCAGACGUUAGGCUCAACAUAAUUUCGAACUUGGACAGCGUCAAUGAAGGUCACUUUUCAGUCAUCGGAAUCCAAGAAUUGUCACAGUCUUUACUUCCUGCCAUAAUGGAACUGGCUGAAGAUUCGAAAUGGCGGGUUCGUCUGGCCAUCAUAGAAUACAUGCCGUUACUCGCCGGUCAAUUAGGCGUCGACUUUUUUGAUGAAAAGUUAAGUUCACUUUGCAUGAGCUGGCUUGUCGAUCAUGUUUAUGCGAUCAGAGAAGCCGCUGCAAAGAACCUGCAGAAAUUAGUUGAAAAGUUUGGCAUUGAAUGGGCUCAGAACAAGAUUAUACCGCGUGUCCUUGCGUUGGCGAGAGAAACCAAUUAUCUGCACAGAAUGACAACACUGUUCGCAAUUAACGUUCUGAUCGAAGUUUCUGGACCUGAAAUUUGCCUGAAACUCAUCCUACCCGUCGUGCUGAGUCUGGCAAACGAUGGUGUUGCAAAUGUCAGAUUCAACGUCGCAAAAACUUUACGCCUACUCGGCCAUGUCCUCGACGCGCCAACCAUACAGAGUCAGAUAAAACCCUGCCUCGAUAAACUAAACAGUGACCCUGAUGCUGAUGUCAAAUUCUUCGCACAAGAAGCCCUUGGAGUGUGUGGAUGAUUCGACUCCUGGCGCCCUUCAAAUGCUUUAUACUCUUCAUAUGUUGAUCGGAUCUGUUCGAAUCCGUGUUUCAAUGUUUUGUCGUAAAAUCACGUGACCACGAUUUAUAAUAUGGCAGACCACUUUACGGCAAAUGGAUAAGUGAUGGCAUCAUAAUCAUCAAGUCGAAAGAUUUACUGGAUACUCUUCGAUUAAGUUUUAUUAAAAAUAGAUUAUCCUCGAAGAUAUCGCAUAACUGUCUGUUUCUGGGAUGUAGAAUAAGAAAGAUUUGUGUGAUGUUGGCCAUAUGUUUUGUCUGUUUCUUCGUAAUAUUCAGUUAAAAAAUAUUUUAGGUGUA